UUCGAAUGAGAAUAAAUCCACCUGCAGAUAUUAAUACUUUCUUUAUUAGUCAUACUACAAUUUAUCGUAAAUUAAAUCAAAAACAAGUUUUUCAACAAACAGAGUACAAAGCUGAAAUAGAAAAAUUGAAAGCCGAACUCCAAUCACAAAAAGUGCAAAAAACACAAACACCAGUUCCACAAACUGUUGAACUGGUUAGACAGCCAAGAGGCCCCCCAUCAAAUUUAAAAACAGAAGAAGAUUAUAAAAAUUAUUAUGUAGUAAAAUACUUUAAUGAUUUAGGUAUAUAUAGUAAUGAAAAUUUAAAUUCACAUUAUCCUAAAAAACCUUUUCAAAAAACAAAUCAAUUCGCUAGAAUGGAUAGAAUAGAAUCAAAAGUAGAUGAAAUUGGACAAAUAACAUCUCAAUUUGGAAAAAUGGUACUUGAAAAUCAAUCCCAAAAACCAGUAGCCAAAUUAAAUCGAACACAACGAUAUUAUCCCUUUCAACCAAUAAAUUCUAGCGUUUCAGCUAAUGAGGAAAGUAAUGAGGGUAGAUAUGAUGAAGAAAAAGAUAUAUGUAUAAAUGAUUUAUCUAUUUUUGAAUCAUUCUUAGAUCCUGGAAGUGAAUUUGGAGCGAUGAAUAAUCCAGCAAUUAAUACACUUGGAUGGAAAACUGACAAGCCCUCUGACUUUGAUAUAAAAGGUAUCUCUAAACAUAGUACUGAAUCAUUGGGAUGGUUUAUAGAUGUACCAGUCAGUAUAAAGGAUAAGGAUGGUAAAACUGUUACAGCUACUGGAAAUUUUACACGUAUUGAUAAUGGUGAACCUGAACCAAUGUUAUAUUUAGGUAUGACAUAG